CAUGCCUGUACUCAUCAUGCAUCCGGGUACGGAACAUGGGAAAGUAGCGAAUAAACAUGGAAGUCAACUCAGCAUUUUAAAAAAUAUCAACAUGGCAACAGCUGACGUGAAGCCGCUUCAGAAUGCCAUGAAAAUGGCGAAAACGGCAAUAAAUCUGGACGGAGGAAACAGACACAAGGAAGCUUACUGUGAAUACCUUCGGACAAUCAACUACAUAUCACAUGUCCUUUUGGAGGAAGCUGUGUCCCAAACCUCGGAGAAGGACAUGGUUCAGCCGAAGGUGGAACGCAUGUUGACACUGGCUGAGCAGUGUCUGGAGCGAGCCAGGUCAUUUCUAAACAAGACCGCUGACCCCUCUGCACUUUCGGCCUCUGGUUCCUCUUCCCUUUCAACGAGCCAGUCCAGCUGUCGUCCAGUUGCUGCGGUCAUUAAUGCAGCUACUUCAUCUAGUGAGCAGGAAGAGUCCAGUCCCACGAAUACUUGCCGGCACCCGGGUGAUGAUCGGGUGCGGUCCCCUUUCCUGCCUCCUCAUGUCUUCCAAAGACUACAAACAGUGGUGUUAAAGGAUAUGCACAAAAAGGAGCUGACACCCAUUGAAGAAGCCUCACAUUUGAAUCAGAAGCUAAAAGCCAAUUAUGAGGCUCGCCUGGCAAGACUCACACCUGGUCAGGCCUAUCAGAAGACUUCUUUAACACUGACCCUCCAGCGGCAGAUGAUGGAGAACCUCAUCAUAGCCAAAGCAAGGCAAGAGGCACUCCAGCGGAAGAUGGAGGAAACAAGAUUACGGUUGCAGGAAGAAGCCAACAGGAGAUUUGCAGCCUCCGGGGCAAUGACUCCAGAGGAGCAGGAGCAGCGAAUUCUUUAUACCAAUGUUUUGGAGUACGAGCAAGACCAUGAUUGGCCCAAGCAAUGGAAAGCCAACAUGAGGGAGAAUUCUGAUGAUGUCGCUUUAGUGACUGAAUUGAUUUCCUGCCUGCUCAGUUCUGAUCAUCCAGUGGUGAAGCUGCUGAAGAAACAACAAUAUCGCAUCUACAACAGGCUGUAUCCGAUUGUCAGUAAAGGACUAGCAACAAGUCAUGCACUAGCAGUGAGACCAUCCGACAGCGGUAACAACCCCGUACAUCCAGGCAGCACUACAAGCAAUAACCAGGACUUCACCAGCGACUCCUUGCUUUCGCCGUCACUAUCUCAUGACGUAAACAUUACCGAUGAUGUGGGAGAAGGGAAGGAACGUCGGCCGUAUAUGACGAAGGAGCUCGACAACUCUUUUGAAGAUUUAGAGCAGUUUCUCUCCGAAAUAGACUGGGAUCAGCUGGACAGCAGCAUUAAAGACUCUUGCUUCGACCCGGAGCUAAGCGGUGAUAAGGCCACUUGUCAGGUGCUGGAGGAGGAAACCUUUUCAGACCUGGAGAUGAGGGCGCUAAAACAACACCUGAAAGCAAUUGUCAAAGACAUACAUAUAGCCAUUGAGCAACUUCUGUCACUUUGUUUGCUGUCCUUUGAGUGUCUGAACACAGCCAGCUAUAAGGACUUGUGCCUGGCCAGCAUCGAGGAGUCCUUUUUUAUGCCUCUAUGGAGUGCCUUGCUUGCUCUUUUCAGGAAGGUCCACAGGGAAAGAGAACUCUCAUGUGAGAUUCGAAUGAAACUCUUUCAGGAUGUUUCGCCUCUCGAUUUUGGUGUGCCCUUGUCACUGUUCCCCCUGGACCCUCACACACUGAAAGGUUCUUACCCUUAUGAGUGUGCUGUUCAAGAGCUGAAGCUUCUUACAAAAGACUUCUGCCCUCAAAGAAAGUUGGAAUGUAUUGUGAGGACAUUACGCCUGAUCUGCGCUUGUGCUGAAGACUACAGAGGCCUUCACGAGGUGGAUUCAGCACCCAGUACAGCUGCCAUUGGUGCCGAUGACCUACUGCCAAUCCUGUCCUUUGUGGUUCUGCGCUGUCAGUGUCCUCAACUGGUCUCUGAAUGUGCUGCCUUGGAGGAGUUCAUCCAUGAAGGCUAUUUGAUUGGCGAGGAAGGCUAUUGUUUGACUUCCAUGCAGAGUGCUUUGGCCUUUGUGCAGUCGCUGCAUGUAGACGGCGUGGACCCUCCUGCAGAGCACUCCGUUUGAAACAGGGCUCUCCAAAUGUAAACAUUGGAACUAUUUAACUGGCCUCAACAAAAUUGACACGAUCUUAGGUUUGGGGAAACCUGCUUGUCGUGACGGGGCAGUUGUUGCUGGACACACGACGGAGUCUUGGGAGAAGAAGGAGUGCCGCAUGCCUGGCGACCCUUUUCUGUCAAAGACGUGAAGAUAUCCACCUAUUCGGAAUAAUGACAACAGGACAUCUGCUGAUUGGAGUAAGCGUUGCUCUGGUUUGUCGACAAAUUGGAAGUUGCUGGCAGUCUUCAAAGUACCCCAAAGAUGCCACAAAUGAUUGGAGGAUGCAGGAAGAACUGUGGUUUACAUCGGACUAUCUAACCUGCAGGUUUUGAGGACCAGUCAUAGACAAUAUAGAGUGAAAAGCAAAUUUUAUUUUCACUCGCAUAUAAAAUAAUUCUAACUUGGAUUGUUUCCCUGGCUUCGAGACUCAACAAACUCCCUUUUUUGUCUCUCAUGGACACACACCUGUUGUUGACUUUGGACGAGACGACACAAUACAUCAAGGCCGCGGAACAGAGACACACUAUGGGCUUAUACACACACACACAUCCACAAAAAAAUAUACGCCACACAUACACCCCCCCCAACCCAACGCCCUCUACGCAAAUCCCGUAGGGGUGAUGUAUGGAUGGUCAGCGCCUGAGAGCUGCGGGCUACCACCAUGACCUUGAACUACCUUCCCUCUGUUGCUAGAUAUCUCAAGAUGUAUGUUGUAAUAUGUAUAUGUGCUUUGCUAUGGAGUUUUUUUCCCACUCCGAACUGGGCCCCCUUAGGAAACCAGUCUGGAUUGUAUUUUUUUACUCAUCCUUCCCCAGCGUUUACCUUUUUCCCAUCUUUUACGGGGCGCUUAAUGGCGACCAAUCAGCGUUCUUGUUCUGUAACCCUCUACACUGUUUGUUUGUCUAAUCUUGAACAGGUUUGUGCUGAAAACAAAGUUUCGUUGUACUUGUGCAAUGACAAUAAAGACCUAUCCUAUCGUA